GGGUUAAAAUCAAGUACUCGUCGUUCGGAUUUAACAUCUUUGCAGGGGUCUAAGGAAACAACCGAAAUGGUUUAGAAUCAUCUCAUACAUAUAAAAACAUGUGCCAUUUUUUAAUUUUUUAGUGCACGUGAGAUAUCGAACUUAUCGACAGCGCUAAAUGGCGGUGAGUCUUCGCUGAAACGUUCUCUGAUAUGCGUAAACCAUCCCGGAAAUGACGCCAGAGACACAGCAGAUGAUCAGGAUCUUCACAGAGAAUCAGUGGAAACAGAGAGAGGGGUGAAAGUCUCAGUUGAAUCUCCAACCUCUGCCCUUAAAAUCCGUCUUCAUCCGUGGACACGGACGCUUUUUUCACAUCGAAAUCAACGAGAGCAUAAAGUACACACUCUCAGCUUCACGACAAGUGCUGUAUUGUCACUGUGUGAUGUUUGUAGUAUUUUAAAACAAGUGGCGAAAGAUUGCUGGAACCAAAGAUACCCGGAGGCAACACAGAGAGAACAUUUCUUCGCUGGAAAAUAUCUGUGUGAAAUUGGUUUUCGUGUUCUGCAUUCAAACGCACUUUGGACAUAACCUCUGAACAUUAUUUUUACAAUUUGGAGCUAGCGAGUGCGCUUGCUAGCAGAGAACAGCUUAACCAUGGAGUUGAGAGUAGGAAACCGAUACAGACUGGGAAGGAAAAUUGGAAGUGGAUCAUUUGGAGACAUAUACCUAGGUACUGACAUCUCUGUCGGAGAGGAGGUGGCCAUCAAACUGGAAUGUGUGAAGACCAAACACCCACAGCUCCACAUUGAGAGCAAAAUCUAUAAGAUGAUGCAGGGUGGAGUGGGAAUCCCAACAAUAAAGUGGUGCGGGGCUGAGGGAGACUACAACGUGAUGGUGAUGGAGCUGCUGGGUCCCAGCCUGGAAGAUCUGUUCAACUUCUGUUCUCGCAAGUUCAGCCUGAAGACAGUCCUGCUGCUGGCUGAUCAGAUGAUCAGCCGUAUCGAGUACAUCCACUCCAAGAACUUCAUCCACAGGGACGUAAAGCCUGACAACUUCCUGAUGGGUCUGGGUAAGAAGGGAAACCUGGUCUACAUCAUUGACUUUGGUCUGGCCAAGAAAUACCGCGACGCCCGCACGCACCAGCACAUCCCCUACCGCGAGAACAAGAACCUGACCGGCACCGCCCGCUACGCAUCCAUCAACACACACCUGGGCAUCGAACAGUCCAGAAGGGACGACCUGGAGUCUCUGGGUUAUGUCUUGAUGUAUUUCAACCUGGGCUCUCUGCCCUGGCAAGGCCUCAAGGCGGCCACCAAACGACAGAAGUACGAACGGAUCAGUGAGAAGAAGAUGUCCACUCCUAUCGAGGUCCUCUGUAAAGGCUACCCCUCCGAGUUUGCCACAUACUUGAACUUCUGCCGCUCGCUGCGGUUCGACGACAAACCCGAUUACUCCUACCUACGCCAGCUCUUCAGGAACCUCUUCCACAGACAGGGCUUCUCCUACGACUACGUCUUCGACUGGAACAUGCUCAAAUUUGGCGCCAACCGGGCUGCGGAGGACGCGGAGCGGGAGCGCCGGGAGCGAGAAGAGAGGAUGAGACACAGCAGGAACCCUGCAGCCAGAGGAAUGGCAUCAGCCUCAGGGAGAGCCAGGGCGCCUCAGGACGUCACCGCCCCCUCCCCACUCAACCCCACAUCACACACAGGUUUGGAGAAAGAGAGGAAAGUGAGCAUGCGUCUCCAUCGAGGAGCUCCCGUGAACAUCUCGUCCUCGGACCUGACAGGACGUCAGGACACUUCCCGCAUGUCCACCUCACAGGCUCUGUCCCGGGUCACGCCCAGCGGCCUCCAGUCUGCAGCGCCACGGUGAAGUUCUGCCGUUCCCUGCACCAUGGAGGCCUCGACACACAGCACACAUUCACACAUACAAACACACACAGUCAACAACACACAAACACACUCACACACACAUGGAUAAACAAACAAACACACACACACUGGACUCUUGAGUGAUUCGAUGGAUUAUCAACCGAUGUCCAAGAGUCCGGCUGCACUUCCUUUGACACGCAGUCUCACCACUAGGGGUGUGUAUGAGUGUGUGUGAUAGAGAGAUGGGGGGGGCAGGGUGGGUGGAGUCAGUCUGGUGGCAGAGUGAGGCCACAGCCUCCUUUCUUCUUCCUUUUCUUUUGACUUGAAGAUGUGGAGCCCCCACCACCCACGCCCCCUCCUGGAUGUUGAUGAGGCCAUGGGUCGGGGUCUUUUUUUUCUUAUUUUUAUUUCUGUCAUUGUUCAUUGUUUGUUUCUCCGUUUUUUUAAGACGUUGAUUUUACCUGUUUUUAUCCGUUGUGACUAAACUCCGUCUCCACUGAUGACGUGGAACAAGGAGAGCGAUGAGUUAAAAAGAAAAAAAAGAGAAAAAAAAAGAGACGGCUUGUGGGACUUUUUAAAUUCUUAAUCUGUGGAGGCGCUCGAACCAUCGCAGCGUUGUUGAAGCACAGUGCCUACGCUCUAUGUCUGUCCCCCCUCCUCGAAAAGACUUCUUUAUUACCACAAGUAAUGUUUUUCUUUUUUUUUAGUUUUUAUUUUAGUUGUUAGGGCUUUAAAUUCUAGACUAGGGGGCGCCCAACGUUGGUUUUAAGGAGGGGACACAAAAUCCUGUUCACGUGUUUUUUCUACAGCUGAUCCCAGAGUGUGAGUGUUUCGUCCUCAGGUGCGUGGGAACCAGGCAGCACGUGCGACAGUGUUCUGACGACGGCGCUCUGCCCGUCAGUGAAAAAAAAAAAGCUGUGAAUGCCGCGAGCGUGACGUAGUUUGACCGUCUGUGUGGAUGAGGUGACGUUUUUGUGCUCGGUGACGUGGGGUUGUUUCUGUGUGUGUUUCUGUCGUAGGAUCGUCUGAGCUUCGAGAGGUGUGUUUUCCCAUGAUGCGCGUGUGCGCUUUACUUUAAUGCAUAAACACAGGUAUGCAUACAUACAUACAUACAUACACUAUAUGUACAAAAAAUAUUGUCUCUUCCAAUGUAGUACGUUUCGCUGCAGUUUCCACUUUUCCACAAGACUAGGACAGAGUUGUCAGUUUGCAUGAUUGUUUUGGAGAUGGUCCAGGGGAAGGUCCACAGACCCAACAUUUGGCCACACAUUUAAGCUAAGUCCGUAUUGGGUUUUGUGCUGAUACAGUUUUUGACGGUCGCACAAAAGAGUCGGUGACACGUUCUCAAACGACCCAGGUGAAAAUGAUGUCCACAAGUAACACGACGGGGGCGGGGGGAGGGGGGGAUGGACACAUGUAAAUAUAUUUAAAUCUGGAAUCUUUACAGAGGCCCAGAGGGGUGACUGAUGAUGAUGAUGAUGAUGAUGAUGAUGAUGAAUCCACCCUGGAUGCCUGUGUCAAUUCUUAAUAGUUUGAUUGGCUGUGCAGUUCCGAGCAGUUCCACUAGGUGUCUCUCAUUGCAAAAUUAGUAAAUACAGUAAAUCAAUGAUAUUUUUCUUUUCUUUUUUUUGUAAAAAGUAACUCAGCACACAAGCAUCCAGUGUGGAUCCAGCCUGACUGUCCUGGGCAUGGUAUUGAUUAUUGAUUGAUGAUUGAUCGGUGUCUGUAGGCCAGACAGCACACCAUAGAAGAAGAAAAAUACACAAAGUUAAAUGUGACGUCAGGUUCACUCAGCAGAGUUAUUUCUUACCUCCAUAGCAUCAACAAUACCAAAGGUCAAAGGUCAACAGCAGAUCUAAUGAACAUCAAAGUUUGAAUAAUUGGUCUAUAAUCAUUAUCAUUAUUCCAGUCGACUGUUAAUAUUGUCUGCGUCAACUCUGUGACUGUAACACGGUGCUGGGUUUAGAAGUGAUGUCUUCAGAAUCACAGCCUGGUCCAGGAGCAGAACCUGACCCUGACCCUGCAGUGACCCUGACGUAACUCUGCUGUGAAGAGGAACCUUGAUUUGAACAGUCAAUCAAUCCAACGUGAGCGCCAUGAAACUUGCAGAGAUGUUUUAAGUAGAACUUUCUUGGUCUGGUAGACUAGGUCCAGACUGUUGUAGGCCGUUCUGUGUAGUUAAGGGGGGAGUGAGGGGGAGGGGGUGGUAGUGCUAUUUUCUACAUGUUUGUUCUUUGGUCAUUUAUGGGACGUGCCUACUCUGUCGACCACGUCCAAACGAGCUGCUGUUCAGUUUGUGUGGACAGGGGGCGACAGUGUAUGAUGGACUGGGGUCGGACUUCCUGCCCAGGCAGCUUUUCUUUUUCUUUUUUUCUUUUUAAUCCUCUUCACUGGUGGACUCGUUAAACCAACCAAAAAAAAAAUAGAAAUAACUUAUUUGUCUCACUGAUAAAUGCAACUUUUCAUGGGAUUUAACAGUCUGGUCUUUUAUUUGGUUUGUGUUUUUUUUUUUUUUUCUCCACCAACUGUGCAAUUUGUUUUUAACCGUGCAGCGGAGACGCUCACUCAUAUCUCACAAAGCGUCUCUCGGCUGAGGAUCAUGGGUAAUUCUCGUCUUUCCACUCCCACUUUAUGAAUUUUGCUCCUCACUUGUAAUACCACUGUAUUUGUGUAUUUUAAAACUGUAAAUAAAUUAAUAAGUACUUGUA